AUGGCCAGCAACGACACAGGCGGCGAAGUCCUUACAGUCGACAACUUGGAGACCGCCCUGGCUAAGGACACCAAGGUCAAGCUCGCAGGCAUCGAUGUGGACGGCAUCCUCCGAGGCAAACUAGUCUCCAAGAAGAAGUUCCUCUCCGUUGCCAAAGACGGCUUUGGCUUCUGUAGCAUCGUCUUCGGCUGGGACAUGCAUGACCUGACCUAUUUCCGCGAACUCAAGAUCAGCAAUAAAGAGAAUGGAUACAAGGACCUCGUGGCCAAGAUCGACCUGGGCAGCUAUCGCCGCAUACCGUGGGAGGACAAUGUGCCGUUCUUCCUGGUCAGCUUCCAUGACCCGGACACUGGCAAGCCCAUCAGUGCAUGUCCCAGGAGUCUGCUGAGGACGACGGUCGAGAAGUUGAACAAGGCCGGCUACUCUGCCCUGGCUGGUGCCGAGUUCGAGUUCUUUACAUUCCGCGCCCCUCGCGAUCCGUCAAUCCAGACCAGUCAUGUCUCCUCGGCCACAACUGCCCCCUUCCUCCAGAACAACGCCGUGAGUGCCCUCCCUCAUCUCACCCAAGGCAUGUUUGGCUACUCUUUGACCGACCCGAUCCACAACCAAGACUGGUUUUACAGCGUCUUCGAGACCUGUGAGAAAUUCCGGGUCAACAUCGAGGGAUGGCAUACGGAAUCAGGGCCGGGUGUCUUCGAGGCUGCCCUGGAGUUUGGGGAAGUCACCGAGACGGCCGACAGGGGAACUUUGUUCAAGUACGUCGUCAAGGCCAUCGGUAGCAAGCAUGGCAUCACACCCUCCUUCAUGGCCAAGCCCAAGCAAGGCCUGCCGGGGAACAGUGGGCAUAUGCACUGCUCCAUUGUGGACAAGUCCGGCAAGAAUCUCUUCUACAGAGGUGAGAAGGAUCCCAACCCGCCUUACAAGGACCUCGAAUACGUGUCAGAUCUCGGCCGACAGUUUCUCGCCGGACUGCUGGACGGUCUCGCCGAUGUCAUGCCCAUCAUUGCACCCACCGUCAAUUCCUACAAGCGGUUGGUUGAGAACUUUUGGGCUCCAGUCACGGUGUCAUGGGGGUUGGAACACCGAGCGGCAUCGAUUCGGCUGAUUGCCCCUCCGACGGCGUCUGCCAAAGCAACCAGGUUUGAAAUUCGAGUGUGCGGCGCUGAUUGCAACCCAUCUCUUGUUCUUGCGACCAUCGUCGCCCUGGGAUGGAGAGGCAUCGAAAAGAAACUGGAAAUCAGCUUACCGCCGCUGGGCAAGGGCGACGAGGUGGGCAGUAGCACUGACAAAGGGGAACGGCUGCCCAAGAACCUCAAAGACAGCACGGCCAGAUUCGUGGCCAAAGGAAGCGUUGCUCGCGAGAUCUUUGGAGACGAGUUUGUGGACCACUAUGGGGGCACUCGAGAGCAUGAACUCCGGCUGUGGGACGAAGCAGUCACUGACUGGGAGGUAAAACGGUAUAUUGAGACUGUAUGA